GGCCAGCGGGGAGGGGGGAUGAUUCGCCUCUUUACUGGAAGGUUGUCGGUUGUUACGUUGUAACUACUCGCCUCUCAUCGCAAACGAGCCGCACAGCCGAGCGGGCUGACGUUGUAGCUUAACUGAAGUCUCGUUAGUAUGUGCAGCGGCGCGUGCGAGGCGGUUUCCUACAAACAUUCCGGAUUUUUGUGGAUUUUCAGUCGGUAAAAGAAGUCGAGCUUCCGCGGGAGGAUACAGCGCAGCAAGAUGCGAAAUAUGAUCCUGAUGGCGCUUCUGCUGGUUCGCCUGCCAACAGAGCUGCUGUCUGUUACAGUGAAUGUUCCAGAGACGGAGAGGAGGACGAUGCUGUUUGCCUCUGUGAUUCUGCGCUGUGACUACUCAACCUCAGCGAACCAGCAGGACGUCCUGGUCUCCUGGAAGUUCAAAUCCUUCUGUAAAGACCCCGUACUGGAUUACUACUCCACAGCCUAUCAGGCAGCUCUGCAGCUCGGUCAGGACCCCUCCAAUGACUGCCCGGACCGCCAGCGCACUGUUCGUACUGUCAUCCAGAAACGGGGCAUCAAUGAGCCCAUCCUGGGUGCGGAAUACAGGAACCGCAGAAUUACAAUUCGAAACACUGCUGAUCUGGUCAUCACUGAGGUGAUGUGGUGGGAUAACGGUGUGUAUUUUUGCACCAUUGAUGCUCCCGGUGACACAACAGGGGACUCGGAUCGUGAAGUCAAGCUCAUCGUUUUCCACUGGCUGACGGUCCUGUUAAUCAUCAUCGGUGGUCUCCUGCUCAUCAUGCUCUUUUGCAUAUGCUGCUGUCAGUGCUGCCCGCAGAAUUGUUGCUGCUACGUCCGCUGCCCUUGUUGCCCUCGGACAUGCUGCUGUCCAGAAAAAGCUGUGAUGGAGCACAAGAUGCUGAAAGAAGCUCGGAAAGCAAUGUUACCCUGGAUGAAUGGUCAGCCCAUCUAUGCUCCCAUCAGCUCCAAUGCUUCCUCCCAGGGCGUUCCCAUUCUGUAUUCAGAUUCAUACUCAGACUACCCAAACAAGCACAACUUUGCCAUGGCUCCCAUGCAGCUGUCACCCAUGGGCCUACAGCAGCAGCCGCCACCUCCUCCUUUACACUAUGGCAACAGCAGUGUGCGUGGCAGCAUUCAUGGUCACAACCAGGUGUUGGAAUACUUCGAGAAUCAAGUGAGAGGGCUUGAUGUCAUUGCACCAGGGAUGGCUCCUCAUGCUGUCCAGAAUGUGCCUCCAUUACAGGCUCAGCAUGCUCCUCCACAAGUUUCCUACACACCAGGGCCUCCGAGUGUGUUGUCAGCACUGGAUGAGAUGGGGACGAGAGGGAUGGAGAGAAGAGUGAUCACCCUGCCUCCUAUUAUCCAGCGUGUACCCAGCUUUUCUUCACGCAGGGGCCCUGGUGGUGGAGAUGGAGCUAGGGGGGCUCUCAGGAUGUCCAGCCAGUCCAGUGGGAGUACAAACCACUCAGCAGGUGGUCUCCACCGCAACAGUCGUGGAUCAAGAGACAGAUACAGAAGUGCGUCUCCUCCCAGGCGGGGAAUCCUGCGUGAUUACAUUGAUGAUUCGGAUAGGGACAACAGGCGGGGAAGAGCAUCUCACAGGAGUUCAAGGAACAAGAGAGGGAGUUCGUCCAGGCACCGUGCCCGAAGUCGCGAUGACCUCAUGGAUGAGCUACAAAGCAGAGCUCCUCGUAGGCAGAGGAGCUACUCACCUCCCCUGCACCGCAACGGGUCCUGGAGCUCAGAUGAAGAGGACAGUAUGAGAAGAAAAGGAGGAAAAGGGAGGGACUGGUCAGAGUUGCCUCCCAGCUACCACUCCAUCGACAUUCAGCCUCCACGCAGUAACAACCAGAACUACGACCGCCUUUCUGAUCGAAGCUCCCAUAGCAACACCACUGUAGUCAUCUGAAACAUUUCUGUCUUUUGAUCUUUUCUUGAAAACGGUAAAAAUGAAGAUAAAGAAGUUGGUGCCUGUUUGGUCACCUGGAAGGAACAAAGAUGUUGUUGAUUCAUUUAGUAGUGUAAAUAUACUGUAUGAGUAUAAUUGUACCCUGCGGGUGAUGGUGUAUACUGCAGGUGAUGUGCAGCUGCAUGAUAUCAUAUUAUUGAUUGUUAUUAAUAUGAUUGUAUGUGAUUCUUGUCCUAGUUCUCCUGAAUUGUCUUACGUGUGGUGAUGGAUUUUUUGGGUUAAGUACGUUUGUCGUUGUAAAAAGGUGCCUGUGCUGAAAAAGAUCCAGGACUCGCAGAAGAGAUUCCUACUUUCUAGUUUUACUUCCUGGUUAAGCAUAAGUUUAAUAAAGAUACAGUGUUUAUUUGUUUUUAUUUUUGUUUUGCUGUCAAGUUUGUUUUUUACAGUAAUUUCUUUUUUGCCUUCCUUACACUAUUUAAAAAUUGUUUUUAUAUAUAUAUAUAUAUAUAUAUAUAAUUUUUUUUAUCCAUUGUACGUGGAUAAAGCAGUAACGGUAGCAAUGGAAACUACAUUUGCAGGAAGAUGGAGUGUUUUUUAUAUCUGGAUGCACCCACACCAAAAUAUAAUUGUGACUGGAUUUUUUUUUUUAAUAGAGACGUAGCUUUGUUGUAAAGUAUGUGUUUUUAAUAAAAUCUUUACAAUACUGCCUGCAUGACGUGGAUUUUAUUUCAUUAGUCCUGUUGUAGUAGCCCAUUACCUCAGGGAUGAGUGGAUUACUUGGACAUUUGGAAUACUAAAGUCACAUAUCAGUUUGCAUUAUGAACUAGUAUAGUUUGCAGUGGCAAUGUUUUAGUCAUAUUAGUCAUUACAACAGCCCAAUCGAACUGCCUGAGAAAAGAGAGUAAAAUAUUAAACCAUGUAGGAGGAAAGUAAUUCAAGUUUUAGUACAUCUGAUGAAUGGCCGGAUAUAGCACCUAUUUACAGUGACUGAGCACUGCAACCCUCAUUCACCCAAUCACACACAGAUUCCUACAAGCAGUUUUUUCCUAACCCUUGUCUAACAUUUGCACUCGCACUCUGAUGGAUGCAUCGGGGGCAAUUCGGGGUUCAGUAUUUUCCCAGAGGAUACUUCAGCAUGCAGAUAGGAGCCAGGGAUCAAACCACAAACCUUCAGAUUUUUAGAUGGCCCACUUUACCACCAUAGUCUCCGCACAGCUGAACAAAUGCCAGGUGCUUUGGAUCUACAAAGGUGGCUAAUGUUCAGUUUUUGAAUUGUUAAAAGGGCAAAAAGGGAAUAUGAAUGUAUUCAUCAAGAAUUAAACAGUAAUAAAUAGAGAUGUACCGAUUCGAUAUCAAGUAUCGGUAUUGGUCAGAUAAACUAAAUUAC